GCGCCAACCUGUCCCAAGCAAAGAUUGACGGAACAGAGCCGACGACGAUCCUGUGAUUCUUUGUGUCAGGACAUUUUCAUACCCAAUUCGACUACCGUUUUGGAAACGGAAAUGUAUCUUUAAUGUCAUCGUAAUAACUUGGCAAGCUAGAGUGAAAUCCAAGCAUCACUUUGCCCAUUCUUGUGAUCUAAGAGUCAGUGCCACCACCAAGCAGCCAAACUGACGGACCAGGGGGAACGCGAGACCUCCUCGUCUCCGGACAACUCGAGGAUGGCCGUCUGCAGAGUGUCGACGCCUCCCAUCCCCGAGGUUUCUUGUCCAGUGGCUGAGAACUGGUGUUACACACAGGUGAAAGUGAUCAAGUUUUCUUACAUAUGGACCAUAAACAACUUCAGCUUUUGUCGGGAAGAGAUGGGAGAGGUGCUAAAAAGUUCCACGUUCUCAGCAGGUGCCAACGACAAACUAAAAUGGUGUCUGCGUGUUAAUCCGAAAGGCUUGGAUGAAGAAAGUAAAGAUUAUUUGUCCUUAUACCUUCUGUUGGUGUCAUGCAACAAGAGUGAAGUGCGUGCCAAGUUCAAAUUCUCCAUUCUCAAUGCCAAAAGAGAAGAAACAAAGGCAAUGGAAAGCCAGCGUGCAUAUAGAUUUGUUCAAGGAAAAGACUGGGGUUUUAAAAAGUUUAUUCGCCGUGACUUUCUGAUGGAUGAAGCAAAUGGUUUGUUACCAGAUGACAAACUGACAAUAUUUUGUGAGGUUAGCGUGGUGGGGGACACAGUCAAUGUGUCUGGCCAGUCUAACUGCACACCAGUCAAGGUUCCAGAGUGCCGGCUAAGUGAGGAUUUGGGCCAGCUUUUCCAGAGCUCAUCCUUCAGUGAUGUUUAUUUGUGUGUGGGUGGUCAUGACUUUCGUGUGCACAAGUCCAUCUUGGCUGCACGUUCUCCAGUGUUUUAUGCUAUGUUUGAGCAUGAGAUGACAGAAAGCAAGCGAAAUCGUGUAGAAAUAACAGAUGUGGACCAUGAUGUCAUGCGGGAAAUGUUAAGGUUUAUUUACACAGGCAAGGCUCCAAACUUAGAAAAGAUGGCAGAUGAGCUUUUGGCAGCUGCAGACAAGUAUGCAUUAGAGAGAUUGAAGGUGAUGUGUGAGGAAGCUCUUUGUACAAAUCUUAUGAUAGACAAUGUAUGUGAGAUACUUGUCUUGGCUGACCUGCACAGUGCUGAUCAACUCAAGUCACAUGCCAUUGACUUCAUAAACAGCCAUGCUACUGACGUGAUGGAUUCUGCUGGCUGGAAAGACAUUAUCACAACUCAUCCCCACCUUAUUGCAGAAGCUUUCCGAGCAUUAGCCUCUCAACAGAGCCCACCAUUGGGUCCUCCUCGGAAGCGCAUGAAACAGACGUAGGGCAGGCUGCCCAGCCAGAUCAACUUUGUGAGCACCUGUGUGGAGUGGGGAUCACUGGAUCAGUUUCUUUGGUGACACAUGGACUUUCGUGGAUUGGAUGAGCUCUGCUCAGAGCAGAGGAACUUAGCUGCUGUUAGUUUGUUCCACAAAUAUGUGAAGACAGAACGAAAAGUGUGCUGGACUUUUAUACACAUCAUUGGAACAUCCUAGUAGGUACUAAACGUCCAUCGGGUGUUCUUGUCUCCUGUGACAUCACUACUUCUCUUGGCCUCGUUCCUGGACAUCAGAAACAAAAAAAAACUUUGCCACAUGGUUUGAAGAAGUAGCACCUCAUGGCAUGCAAUCCAUUCAGUGUCAGUCUGGACUUUCAGCUUCUGACUACUGAACAUGAACUUCUACUACAAGCUAUAAAAUUUAUGGGCAUUUUGCAGUCUCUUUUAUAUUUUCAAGGACUGAAAGCCUCGUUUUUGUGUUUUACUGAUUACAAGUUUUAAAACACAAAAAUAAAGUUGAUGAGGCUUUUUAAGCAAACGGGGGGUUUAUCCCCAUUUUUGUUGGGUGGUGGGGUUGGGGGGAAUAAUAAAAAAAAAAUAAAGCUAAGACUUUUAUACUUCUUUUCUUGAUAAAGAGCUGAAGAAACUGUAAUCUCAUCAUUGCCAGCGAGAGGAAGGAAAGCUGAUGGUUUCCAUGUUUAUUUAUUACCUAUUUAUGUUUGUUUAAUUAAAGAUUUCUAAAUCGUAUCUUCCACAAAAAAUGUCUUUAACAAGUGCUCAUUGAUUUCAAAGUUUGAAAAUCAACAUGAUGGAAAAUAAGACAGAUGUGUUUUUUCCCUGAUAUACCCAUACACAUGUGAAUUUAGAUUAUUGUAGAAUAAAUCCAUACAAUUCACAAAUUCAGUGUCUGCUUAUAUACAGAUAAAAUUUGGAAGAACUAUGCAUGCUUAUUCUUAAAAUUAACAGAUUGGCUUGUCAUGCGCUUAAAAUUCAACUUGGUGCUACUUCAAGUACAGGAAUGCAAGUUCAGCUGGUUCUUCAGUUUUGUAUCCAUUGAGUUUGAGGAAGGUGGGGGGGGGGGGGCAGACCCUUUUUUUAAAGAGAUACUUGGCUUAUAAUAAGUUCAUUUGAAAUACUUUCUUACUGCAAAUUUAGACUAUUUUAUUAGCUGUUUUAGACUUUAUUAGCUCAAAAUUUGCUAUAUAGUUCACUGUUCCUGAACUCUAUUUGUUUGUGAGACUGUAGAACCCAGGAAUUGUGAAAUAUCAGUUUAUAAUAGAUUUUUUUAAAUUAGGUGAGGAGAAGUUUAUGGCAAAGUUUGUGGUUCAAGAAACUGGGUAUGCAUAAGAAAACCAUAUAAUCAUAGUCAUUUGAAACAUUUUUGUAAAAUAAAGACAGAUUUUGAUCAAAUGUAGCCUAUCCUGGAAGAAAAUAUGCAAUGAUUUAUGAUGGAAGCCAAGCAGCUAGCUGUUAAACUGACUUAUGCUGUUGACACGUUUUGGAAUGCCAGACACCACAGAGAAAAGGAGAGAAUGCCAUAGCGGAUGAAAAGCUGUGCAAUUCCCUAAAAGAGUUCUAAUUGCUAUCACUUAUAACUUAUUGAGUAAAGAAUUCACUAUGUACUGAGCUACUAACUUAUUGACUAAAGAGGUCGUUUGUGUAAGAUACCUGUUAAGCCUGCAAAAGCAGAUAUCGGGUUGUGUAUAUACAUGUUAAAGGUGCAUUAGAAGGAUCCACAUUAAACAGACCAGCAGAUCUGUUGGAGAUCAGUUGAAAGAUGUCUAGUUUGUUUUUAUAUUGCAUAGAAGUAGAUGCAAAACAUGCAUAGAUAUUUAUCUGACCAGAAAUUAAUUCCUGGCUGUACAAAACAGGAGGCAACUCACCGUAGGCCAGCUAGCUGUUCAUUAUAGUUGAACUGGUUCUUGUGCCUGCUUUCUCACAGUAUCAUACUAAAAUUCUCACCUAUCGUGGGUGACAGCAAAAUAUUUCUGAAAUUCAGUGGCUAUGAAUGAGGAUUGACAUGCCUGUGCGUGGCAAUGAGACAAAUGCUUGUCAGGUUUAACUUAAUUGGUAUCUGUGUGUGUGUAUGCGCAUGUGUGCAUACACACGUGUGAGAGAUAUAUGCAUUUGAGGGUGCUGUAGCUAACAUUUCACCAGAUAAAAGUCUGAAACUUAAGAUUCUGAGACAUUUAAACAUUUUCUUCCAUCACAGAAGUUUACUCUCUACUUGUGGGUGCAUAGGAUCUCCCUGAGGAAUAUUUACAAAUUUAUUGGAAAUGUUUUAGUGGCAAUAUUUCUUUGCUGAAUUGAGAGCUGUUAGUAUAAAUUAAGUUUACCACAGGAAUUUGGAUCUGUAUGUUCUUGUUGAAACUUGCUUUUUAUUACAGCAUAGAAGCCUGUCAUUUUAGAGAGAGAAAAAAAACUAAAAAGUUUUUCUAGUUAUAACAGACUCAUUAUGUAUUGAAGAUUAUCCUCAGAAAUUGCUAUUCAAUGGAUUACAAAUAUCUUAGAAAUACAGUGGUACCAGCUAAAACCUCAAAAUUUGUGAUAGGGUCAUCAUUUUUACUAUGUUGCUUGUAGAUAAGUGAGCAAGGUUAAAUGUAUGCUGAAUAGCCAUAUCAAGCUUUGCGUUCUAUGCUAAGUUAAACCAGACUGACUUUCUGUCUGGCUUGAAAUGCUCAGAGGGCUGCUGUUACAGCUUCAGUGGCAUUGGUUAAUAGAGUAAUAGAUUUUUUUUACCAUGUUCAACUAUCCUUUGUUGUCGUCUGUACAUUUCUGUUGACACCAAGGAUGAUAAUCUGUGCACAAAGUUUUUGUCUUAGUCCUGUUUAGUCAUUUGAAUAGCCUAUAAAAAUGCAAUGGCACUGUAACAAUGCAAGCAAGUGUCAAGUGUCUUAACAUUUUCAAAGGCAAAUCAAAAAUAAUCUUGCUUGAUCUGGUUGAGAAAUGAGUCUAAAUUCAAGCAGUAUCAAAAUGUUAGUUUCAGACAAAUCUUUCCAGAUGACAUUGAGAUAAAGGUUACUGUAGAUUCUAGGCACUGACAUGUCAAACUUGUCAUUUAAACUUUUUUAAAUUAUUUCCCUAGUGGCUGUUUAUUGUGUAUAAUCACAGCUGCUUACAAAACAUCCACAAAAGUGAUUUAUUUUAAACUGAAUUUUCGAAGUUUAUAAUUUUAAGUGAAGGUUUAUUAAUACUAUAUGAGAAAAGCCAUUACCUGCAUAGACCAAUAAUGUAACCUAAAAUUGCACACAAUCAAAUCAACUUGAGACGUUUUGGGAGGGUAGGAAUUUUGGGGGAAGGUAGGACUGCAAACCUUUUAUAAUGCUGAUAUGCAUAUGCAGAUUUCUUAUUGUGCUGUCCUCUUUCUCUUCUCUCUCUUUCUCUGAGAGUCUCUCUUCCUUCUUCUGUGGGUUUGCUGAUAAUUUAUGUGAGUAUGAAAGUGCAUCAGGAUGGAUACGUGUGUGUGUUACACAAUACUAAAAGUAAAUGGUUUCACUCUGUAUGUUUUGUCUUCCAAGACAUUAAAGGCAGUUCAGCCUAAGAUCCUUAAGUUUAUUUAAAUACCACGAAAGUGGAAGGAAAAACUUUGCUUUGAACUGUAUAUUGUUGGGGUUUUCCAUGUGUUUUUGCUGAAUGGUCUCAGUUUUAGGCUAGAUCAAAUUUUCCGUUACUUUUGUUAAUUAUUAUAUUCAUUUCUCAAUGUCAUGAAAGACAGCUUAUGUAGAACAUAAAACAAAAAAAAAUUACUUUUAAAAUGUUUGCAGGUUUAGUUUGUAGUUAACUUUAUGUUUCAAAUGAGGUCUCACAAGCUUUCUGCACUUGCAUAGCAUUCUAGACCAACUUCAUCUAAAUUUUGAAAAGUUGGUGGUAAUUGCAAAAAUCUACUCAAGUAUUGUGACAGCGUGAGAGCCACUGGUGUGUUUUGUCACGGCUUAGAGGGUUAAAAAGUGUCAAUAGGUAAGUUGAGUGGUUGGUUAUGGGUGUUUAUGUGUGCACUUGCCCUUAUUUUAUACACACACACACAGAGGAAUUUAAACACAUCUAAUGCUGAGUUGGUGAGUAGAUAUUCACAAUAUCUAUCCAUAAAAAUUAGGGGGAAUGAAAGGUUUACCCAGCAAAUGAACUGUUUGCAACACUUCAUUACAUCCUGACAUUAGCCAUCAUGGAAUAUACCAUUUCACAACAAGGAAGACAAUAAGGGGCAGUUUUCUGCAAACAGAACAACCAGAAAUAUAUUCAGAAACAUACAACAUCUAAAAAUUUUACAAUACUGUGACAUUUCUUUGUGUGUCUAAGUAAAAAGGGCCAUGCACUUAUUAAGGGGUUUAAUUGUUUUCCUGAAUUGCACUGUCUUGUUUCUUUAUGGGAUAUUUUUCUUCAUUUGCUUUGCUGUAUUUAUAUGGGUAAUGUAGUUUUUAUAACAUGGUCUUUCCUGAUUUGCACAAGAGAAAUGGUCAAUGCGGGGUAAUUUCCUUAAGUCUUGCGCUGUUUUUUUUUUUUAAAAGCAACCUUUGCGCAGACAAAAAAAAAUUUCCCUAUGUGCUAAAUAUAAAGGCUCUUAAAUCAUCUGCCUUUCCCAGUCAUACUCAGGUGUACACAUGAGUCUUCAUUUCAAAAAGGGUGCUGCAAGGUAUGAAGUGUUAAUACUUCUUGCUUACAUCCUCAUCACCAGUAAUUUCUAUUGUGUCAGGACUGCAGGUGUUAAGGAUAAAAACCCAUAGGUUGCAGCAUGUAUAGUUUAGCUUCCAUCCAAAUAUGUGACACCUGGUGACAGAUACAGGGAUGUUGGACACACCAAGAGCAAGUGGGUUUUCUUUUGAAAAUUCAAAAUGAAAUACAUUCUGCAGAGAGAUGUGUGUGCAAGAAAGCUUUUGUGUUUGAGUGCAUGCCCACUUGCACACUCACAACCAGCUGUCGGGAAUGCAUCUCGUUUUCAUUUUCCUGAAUGUCAUUUUUUACUGCCAGUGGUAGUAAAAGGGGGAAAUGGGAUGAUUUUGAUUAGCAUGGACACAAGUGGAGCUUCAUUUACUGUCAUUUGAUAGUAUGGACUGUUGAUGUAAUGAGAACUAGUCUACAUGAAGGCGAAAGUUAGGACUUGUUUGGGUCUUACAUGAAAAAAUUUUAAUCUUUAUGAAGUAAUGAAAGAUGUGUAAGAGAGAAAAAGGAGUGAAAAUGAGAAAGAGAAGUUGAGGAAAGUCAAGUAAAUCUUUUGCAACUCGCUAAAUAAACACAUCUGAAAUGUAAUAGUUCAUAUUUUCAGUUUAUGCCAAAGCAUUGUGAUGCUGGAAUUGUUUUCUUAAUGCUUUCAUUUAUAGUGUGCAGGCUUUCAAAACAUCAAAAAAUUUAUCUUGUGUGCUACCAUUUUUGUGAACUGGAGAGAUGUUUGCAGUCUGUUGUAAAAUACAGAGAAGUGCACUUUCAAUAUUUUCUGGAAAGUCAGUUGCAGAUCUGAGUCAAGAAUGAGCAAAUUAUCAAGCCUACCUAAAGCUGGUCCCGUUGAAUUGUAUGUUCUUUGAUUGCCUGAAUUGGUUCACAUAAAGUCCAGAAAAAUAAUCCAAUAAUUUUAAUGGAAUGAUUAUUUCUCAGGAAAGGACUUGUAGAAAGCCAGAUGUUACGGUUUGUGUCACUAGUCAACUGAACUUUCAGAAAAUAUUCCAAGCUUCACUGUUUUGCAUAGUCUAUGUGCAGACUUGUUAAGCACCAGGAAUAGCAUGACAAUUGGUUACAUCUUAAAGAUGUGGAGCAAGUUUUGACAUUGUGACAUUAUAACCAGACAUCAUUGUUCAAUGUAAUCAUAUGCGUUUGGCAUACUUAAUGUACAGGAUCCUAAAACUUUGAAACACUUUAAAGAGUUGUUUGGUGACAGGAAUGGACGGAUGUGACACCUGUAUUAUCCAAGAAUAAGUGAUGCUGAAAGCUGGACUUGUGCCAUGGGCCUUAUUGACUUUGGGGCCAUUAUGUGAUUUUUUAGAAAUUAAAGUGUUGUAUCAGGUUUUUAUUUCAUUCCAGGAAACAUUUUCACAAUGUGUGAAUAUUUCUCUGAAGCAGAGAUAUAUGAUCAUUAACUACUUGUAUUUUGCUGUAUGCAUAUCCUGUUGGCAUUUUUUUGGGGGGUAGGGUAGCAAAGAAAGAGCACUUGUGUGGCAGUUAUUGGCUAUAGUGCAAUCAUCUGUAGGAUUAUUCCAACAGUGUUUGUGUGAAACAACAUCUAAGGCUGUUAAAGACCUGAGUGUCCAGUGCAGGUACUAGCAGCUAAAAGCAGAGCCUCCCACAUGUUCUUUGUUGCCUUCUCCUAAAGAACUUGACACUUGUUUCUGUUUAAAACAAUGUGCUGGAGCUUCCUAUCCUGUUUAGCUAGCAAGCUGUAUUUCUGUGGACAUUAACGUGGCUGCCAUAACUGGACAUAUGUGUUUCAGUCAUGCAUUCAAAUUCUUCCCACAUUUUAGUGGUCCAUGUUUUGCUGCUACAUGGGAAUAGAGACUUCAUUGUCUUUUCUGAUGGUAGUCACUACAGAUACAGUUAGUACUGAUGAACACCACACACCAGGGGUGUUUCCUUUUGAAAAGGUAACACUUUCAUGGUAAAGUUUCUUCAGCAGCCAUUAAAGAACUGUGUUCAACACUACCACUGUGCUUCUUUGCAUAGCCCCCAAACCAAUGUUUUCGUUUCCUUUGUGUAUGAAGUUGAGAUGGAUGUAAUGAGUUAAGUUUCAUGGUGGUGUUCAGAAAUUGUAUUUGUGAACACCUUUUUUAGUGUGGCUCUUAUGAGCCUUUGAAAAUAUGUCUGAGCAGGGUUGCUUGAAAAAAUUUGUCAGGCACAUUCUACUACAUGGGCUUGACUUUCAAAUCUUGGUAUCUGGUCAAGAAUGUGGUGCUAGAGCGUGCUUGUGGAAUAGAUCCUUAUGUGUGGGUUUACAUAUUUGCUCACACACUUGGUUGAAUGCCUGCAGUGAUUGUUGGGCACUGAAUUCAAGUGUUCUUGCAUCAGUUCAAAUCUUUUGUAAAUGUGACCAUUUAUCUGUACUGUCUAUGCUAUCACUAUAAGAGUAGAAAGCUGAUUUGUCGCUUUGAGCAACAAUUCUCUUUGACUGCAAGUAAUUGUAGUAAACACUAUUGUGAACCCUUUUUUUUUAAAAGUAAUGUAAGCAAUACCUCAGUCUCCCUUUAUGACAUGAAAGUUCAUUGCAGUUUGAUCAGCAACAUUUUGGCAGCACAACAGUAGAUUUUGAAGUAAUUUUAACUGUUUUCUAAAAAGGAAUCUGGUCGGCAUUCAUCUCUGUAUGCACAGCAUACAAUCUGCUGAACUUAGGAAUUGUAGCAUUGUGUAGUUUGUCAGGCAGAAGUGAAACAAUCUCACUUUAGACAAAAAGCAACACAUUGUAAAUAGUGGACAAAAAAGACAAUGUAUGAAAUCAAGCAAAGCACAAUUUUUGUGCACAGUAAUGAGUUAGUGAGAUUUGUUUAUAUUGCCUUUGAUUACUAAGUUAAAUAUAGGCAUUUUGGGAAAUGUGGACAAGUAAUAUGCACCAAAUCCUGUCUGCACAUUAAUUUCCUGAUACAAAUAAUAAUUCCAUGUACAUGUGUGUAAAAACUUCCUGAACCUGCCCCUCUAGGCUCUAUGCAUGAUGGGCUUCUCACCUUAUUUAUAAUUCAUGUUACUGCAGGUACAUGAUACCUUGUUCCCAAUUGCCAGUGUGAUGUAAGUUACAUGUAUUUUUAUCCCGAAUCAAACAGCUUGCAUUCAUCAUUCACAAACACGGUUCUCAUUGUUCCAUGUAUCAGUUUAUAUUACUGUACAGGUUAAAUAAAUUUAGUUCCUAAGAA